UUCUGAUCAGAGGUUGAUCAUCUCGUCCUCACACACGAUCUUUGAUCAUCUCGUCCUCACACACGAUCUUUGUCCGGCUGCUUCUGUCCUCCAUCACCAGACGGUGAAACCACCGAGCAGCGAGCGGCGGCGACGAGACGCGACGCCGCGACUAUCACAAGUAACCUGGAAACUAACGCGGUUCUGUCGUUCGGUUCGGGUGGAAGUUUGGAUUUGAGCAAGUGGGAUGAAAUACCGUCGAAAGCUGCGCCACGUCGGCGGGAGAAAGUGAAGAAAGAAGACGAAAGACACUACAUUUCCCAUGGAGUCGUGCACUGACACACACGCUGAUCACCAUGAAGCCCCCAGUCAGGGUUCUGGACCCAAAGAUCCAGUGAGACAGAAGAGGACCUGAUAUUGUGAUACCUGCCUCCAUCUCCUCUCUCCAUCCCUCCUGCUGUUCUGCAGCUACUUCUUCUCUAGUCCUCAAGCCAGCCCUCUGACCAGCUAAUCAGACGCUCCGGAUCACAGCGCACAGCCCAGUUUGGGCCCAGUCCGGCCCAUUGUCAGUCCGGUCCUGCUGCAGGAUGGCAGGUCUCAAUUUCUGUUUGGCUGUGAUGGCUGCUGCUCUGCUGCUGACCGUCAGAAUUGAUGCUGCAGGUCAGAACCCAGACCACGUCCUGCAGGGGACUGGGGUGAAACCUGAGGCUAGGCGGCCCGGUGACGACUCCACCAUCGCGCCCGAGGACGCUGCUCGUUUCCUCAGCUGUUACUGCUCUGGACACUGUCCAGAGGACGCCACCAACAACACCUGCCAGACUAAUGGUCAGUGCUUUGCCAUCAUCGAGGAGGACGAGCACGGUGAGGCCAUCCUCACCUCUGGCUGCAUGAAGUAUGAAGGCUCACAUUUCCAGUGCAAGGACUCUCCCAGAGCUCAGACCAGGAGGACGAUCGAGUGCUGUAACACAGACUUCUGUAACAGAGACCUGCAGCCCACGCUGCCCCCUCAGGCUCCUGCAGAAGGCAGCCCUCACUGGCUGGCCUUCCUCAUCUCCAUGACGGUCUGCUGCUGCACUCUGAUCUGUGUCACCGUCGUGUGUUACUACAGGUAUAAGUGGCAGAGUGAGCGUCAGCGGUAUCACAAGGAUCUGGAGCAGGAAGUCUUCAUCCCCCCUGGAGAGUCGCUCAAAGAUCUCAUCCACCAAUCACAGAGCUCAGGCAGCGGCUCAGGGCUCCCCCUGCUGGUGCAGCGGACCAUCGCCAAGCAGAUCCAGAUGGUCCGUCAGAUCGGGAAAGGUCGGUACGGCGAGGUGUGGCUCGGCCGCUGGAGGGGAGAGAAGGUAGCUGUCAAAGUCUUCUUCACCCGAGAGGAAGCCAGCUGGUUCAGAGAGACGGAGAUCUACCAGACCGUCCUGAUGAGACACGAGAACAUUCUCGGCUUCAUCGCGGCCGACAUUAAAGGCACCGGCGCCUUCACGCAGCUCUUCCUUAUCACCGACUACCACGAGAACGGCUCUCUGUACGACUACCUGAAGCUGACCACGCUGGACACGCAGGCGCUGCUGCGGCUGGCGUUCUCAGCAGCCUGCGGCCUCUGUCACCUGCACACUGAGAUUUACGGCACGCAGGGCAAACCGGCCAUCGCCCACAGAGACCUGAAGAGCAAGAACAUCCUGAUCAAGAAGAACGGCACCUGCUGCAUCGCCGACCUCGGCCUCGCCGUCAAGUUCAACAGUGACACUAACGAGGUGGACAUCCCUCUGAGCACUCGGGUCGGGACGCGGCGCUACAUGGCCCCGGAGGUCCUGGACGAGAGCCUCAACAAGAACCACUUCCAGGCGUACAUCAUGGCGGACAUCUACAGCUACGGCCUCGUCAUCUGGGAGAUGGCCCGACGCUGCGUGACCGGAGGGAUCGUGGAGGACUACCAGCUGCCGUACUACGAGAUGGUGCCCUCUGACCCCUCCUAUGAAGACAUGCUGGAGGUGGUGUGUGUUAAAGGACUGAGGCCCACAGUGUCCAACCGCUGGAACAGUGACGAGUGUCUUCGGGCUAUGCUGAAGCUGAUGUCAGAGUGUUGGGCUCAUAACCCCGCCUCCCGCCUCACCAUCCUCCGAGUAAAGAAGACGCUCGCCAAGAUGGUGGAGUCCCAGGACAUCAAGAUCUGACCACUCUCUUCCUCUUCCUCGCCCCACCACAUUCAGACUCACCUGAACCCCGAACACAUUUACCGUGACCUAGACCUGAUCGGACCGGCUUCCCCAGGCUUCACUCUUCAUCAGGAGGAGGAGUUGAGAGAUAAAAAUGGACCCAUCCUUGGGCUGAACUGUGCGUCUCCUCCUCCCUCAUGUUCAGUCUGUCUUAAGCCUGGAAACAAACAUGGAGUCUUCCCUCCUCCACCUCCUCCACCUCUGUCUGUGCCGUGUAACUCGCAGGAAGCGAGACCGCCGGGUUGACGCUUUCUGUGAAAGCCAAAUGAGACAAUAAUUUUUAUGACGACUUCCUGUGUAGGGGAAAAGGGGAGGAGCCUCUGGAUGCUCGUUGUGAAAGAACCAGGACGUUUGAAACCUCCUUUAUUAUUUUUUUUUAAAGACCCAGCAGCCUUCCUCACUUCUGCCUGUUUCAAAACGCUAAAUAUGCCAAUUUGUUUUUGUUGUUUUCUCUUCAGGACUGAGUUCUCCUGCCAUAUUGAAAUAUAUCUCCACUCUGACAGUAGAGUUAAUUAUAAAAAUAAGGUACUAUAAUAAUAUGUGAAUUUAAAUGUGUAAAUAAACGUUAUCAUUAGAUGCCGUGCCUACUCAUGAGAAGAUUAAAGACCAGAACACUAUGAUGUUGACAUCCAGCCGACUCCUCAGAGACGUUGACAGGAGAUGAUGGAGUCACCAUGGAGACGUCUCCCGUCCUGUCUGUCUGUCUGUCUGUCUGUCUGUCUGUCUGUCUGUCUGUGUCUACCUGCCUGCCUGCCUGUCUAUGUGUCUGGUUCAUGUUUGUCCAUCUUUUCAGAGAUACAGAGGUGUUGCUUCGCUGAGGGGAGAGAAAAUCUGAUUGGUUGAGUUAAACCUCAGUGGGUGGAGCUAAAAGACAUGAAGAGAACUCCAGAUGUCAGUGAGGUCUGUGAGCCAGUAGGAAGACAGAUAAGUGAUACGAGUCACUUCAUUUACGUAAAUCAACGAUUUUUUAGCGUUUUUCGGCUCAGGAUAUUCAGUUCUCUUCUUAUUGAGAUAUAGCAAGGUUCCGUUUUAAUAAAACUCUUGUUCAAACGUGAAGAAAUUUGAGUUUGAUUUCUACAUUUAAUCAGUGUUGGGUGUCGUGUGACAGGUGAUCCAGUCAAGGACAUGAGCUACGGUAAUCAAUACAAAUGUAUGAAAAAAAGACACAGAAUCACAAAGCCUGAAAAAAUAUAAAACUAUGUGACCUAACCUUUUCCAUUUCCCCCUUGCCUAAUAAUCUGAAACCUGUCAAGAUCUUUCAGUGCUAGUUGCUAAAUUAGUGAUAAACUAGCAACGGAGAGUGCUAAGCAUGUUACUAUUCACUAAAAAUUUGUACACAGGUUAACUUUGGCUUCUUCCGCUGAUUUUUCACUGGUCCAAUCAGAUUAUUUCUAAUACUCGAAGAAUAUUUGGGAAACUGGUAUAGAAAGUGGUUAGCCUAGUUUAGCACAAAGGCAGGAAUCCAGGGAAAACUGUCAUCCUAGCACCAUCAAGUGAAUGUUAAUAUCUAUAUAAAAUUUUAAAAAGUGUAAAAAUGAGACGUAAGAUAAAACAGAUCUAGGCUAGCAGUUUCCCUGCUUCCAGUCUUUAUGCUAAUGAGGCUGAUCACAUUCAAACCUCUCUGGGUUUAAACCCAAAAUGUUCCUUCAGCAGUUUGUGUUGAUUUCUCUCCUGAGCAGCAGGACGUCGUGUGAUUGGCUCUCAGUCAUAUUUGACCUUUUACAACAAUUCAAACUAAAAUAUAUCAGGAAGUCAUCAGAACAAACCUCUGUGUGCGUGUGUGUGUGUGAGUGAAUGAGUCGUUCAUACAGUAGCUAUUUAAGAGCAGUAACUUAGUGUUUCCUCUGUAAUAUGUCAGAGAAGCUCAGUAUAUAGAAUAAUCUCUAAUAUGUAAAUCAUUAAUGUACUUUGUUUUGGUGGUGUUGUUUGUACAGCAUCUGGUUCGGUGCCUUAUGAGUUUACCAAGGAAAUGAAACUCUGUAUACAGUCAGUCUGUCCAAUGUAACGAUUUUUAAGUAAAUAACCUUAUUUUAGUACACAA